AUGCGGCCAGCUCCCAACUUGCUCUUGCGCCCUCGCCAGCUCGAUAAUAUCUGUCGCCAAUGCGUCCGGAAAGCCUUCGGCGCCGCCACCCCGCGGGGCGGCAGCAGCAGCAGCAGCAUCAGUAUCGUUCCUCUGUUGUCGAUCCCGAGCCGGGCCGCCUCUACGACGGCCGCGAAGGCGGCCCCCGCCGUGCGUCUUAGUGCGAGCUACUUCCUCUCCAACAGCGUCCUCGACCGCGCCAAUGUCCGGCCCCGACCCCUCGGCAGCCGGAGCUCAUCAGCUUCCGUGGGCCCCUUGUCGUCUUCCUCCUCGACCGCGCGCUCCGAGUCGACGGCCCCCAUUGACGUAAAUCAAGACCUGCCGCAUCGUCGUCGACAGGCCGCGAGACGCAAAGCCGCCGCCGAAGCCGCCGCCGCACCUUCCUCGUCCUCCUCUACCGACGUCCUCCCUUCUCAGGAUGCCUCCUCCGCCCUCACGAGUGUCGCCGCCCAACAGCCCGCCCACUCCGCCCGGCGCAUCUUCUCCAUCCUCCUCUCCCUAUCAAAGCCCCGACUCUCUGCGCUCGUCGUCUUGACCGCAAUGGCCUCUUACGCCCUAUACCCCGUUACCGACUUCCUCUCCCCCGCCAUCACCGAGUCGCCCUCCCUGAGCCCGCUGACGCUCCUCUUCCUCACCACCGGCACCGCUCUCUGCUCCGCCUCGGCCAACUCCCUCAACAUGCUGUACGAGCCCAAGACCGACGCCAAGAUGUCGCGGACGAGGAACCGCCCCCUAGUCAGGAACCUGCUCUCCACGAGGGCCGCCGUCCUCUUCGCCGUCACGACCGCCUUCACCGGCAUGGGCGCGCUCUACUUUGGCGUCAAUCCGACGGUAGCCUUCCUCGGCGGCGCAAACAUUAUCAUCUACGCCGGCAUGUACACCCCGAUGAAGGCCAUGAGCGCCGCAAACACGUGGCUCGGCGCCGUGGUCGGCGGCAUCCCCCCGCUCAUGGGCUGGGCCGCCGCAGCAGGCGAGACGGCCUCGGGCGACGGGUCCUGGCGGGAACUCCUCUUCGCCAGCGACGGCAGCUCCAUCGGCGGCUGGCUCAUGGCCAGCUUGCUCUUCGCCUGGCAGUUCCCGCACUUCAUGGCGCUCUCGUGGUCCAUCAGGGAGGAGUACAAGGCGGCGGGGCUGCGCAUGCUCGCGUGGACGAACCCGGCGCGCAACGCGCGCGUUGCUCUGCGGUAUAGCAUCGUCUUCGUGCCCAUCUGCGUGGCGCUCUGCGCGGCGGGCGUGACGGAGUGGAGUUUCGCCGUGACGAGCUUUCCCGUCAACGCGUGGCUGACGCGCGAGGCGGUUCGCUUCUGGAAGUACGAGGGCCACAAGGGCUCGGCGAGGGGCCUGUUCUGGGCCAGUGUCUGGCAUUUGCCUGUCGUCAUGGUGCUGGCGCUGCUGCAGAAGAAGGGCAUGUGGAGCCGUGUGUGGAAUAGCGUUGUUGGCAUGGACGACGAUGACGAGUGGGAGGAGGAUGAUGAGCUGAAUGAGAUGCCGGUCACGUUGCCUGUACCGCGAGAUAGGUAG